AUGACAGCAGUUGCGAGUACUUCAACGAUGCAUGCAUCGAUAUCUGGAGGGUCGAGUCUACACCAAGCAGUAGAUCAACUCUCAACAUCAGCUUCUUCAGGCUUCCAUGUACUUCAACAUCGAGACAGAUUCCAGGAAAGGGCAUUGAGAGAUGUUACUAUGAGCAGUAAUGAUUCAGCUAUGAUGAUGGAUCCCAAUAAUCCUAUCCUAGUAAGAGAAGAAAUGGAAUCGCAGAAGGACUAUUUCCGCCGACUCAAGUUCACAUACCUUGAACAAGAAGCCAAAAGACAUUUCCUGUCAUCCAUCAUGGGAGAUGAACCUCAGCGUGUCGAACCGGGCGAGAACGAGGAAAGGGAACUCAUCAACACAGAGAAGAAAGCCGCGCUGAAAACAACUAAAUCUAGCAUAGAGGAAAUGAGGUCUAUGACCGUUAAAUUGGCCGAGGAGAAUGCUAAAAAACAUGUCGAAAUGUCUCAAAGACUUUCUGAGGCUCAAGCGUUACAGAAGCAAAUCAGGGAUAUGGAACUUGAAUUAGCGAGAAUCAAAGCUACCCACCCUCCCGAAAACCGAAUGACGACCGCACAAGCGAACGAUACUCUCGAGGCUCAAAUUGGAGAGAUGGAACGAUUGACGGAUGCUAUCUCAUCGACUCAAAGCGAAACUGAUACCACAAGAGAAGAGGUCUCAAGGGUGGCAAAGGAAGUACAAAGACUUGGUCGGGACCGGGAACGAGAGGAAGCUAGAGCCAAGGAAGUCAGGGAAGGUAGAGAAGCAGGUGAUACCAAGGUAGACGAGAUCUGUAGAUGGUAUACAUCAUCAAUGACGUUCUAUCGAUCCUUACUUGGUAUCAAAUCAGUCAAGGCAAUAUCGGAUAACGAGUUGCAUCUGGAAUACGACGUACCCGGUGGACCGGUGACUUUAGUGUUGGAAUUUGACGAAUUGACGAAGAGAUUCGCCGAUGCUAGGCUCAUCGGGAAUGAUAUGGAUAUAUCAGAAUCAGUCGGCAUAGCUGCAGGAGCCAAUGAUGUGCCUGGUCUAGUGGCGGAUGUCUUGCUUAGAUUGAGACCGGCGUGA